UCCGAGAGCUCCCGCCUUUCUAGAUUGAAAAGCCAGCGGCCCAGUGAGCAGACACUAAGUCCAACGCAGGAAGCCGGAAGCGCUGCAGCUUGAGUCGGGGCGCGGGACGGGCAUCCGUGGCAAGUCGACUGUCGGAGCGCGCGGAGGCGAACGGGGAACCAGUAUUAUGGCGGAACAAGAUGUGGAAAACGAGCUUCUGGAUUAUGAGGAAGAUGAAGAGCCCCAGGCUCCUACAGAGAGCACCCCAGUGCCCCCCAAGAAAGAUGUCAAGGGGUCCUACGUUUCCAUCCACAGCUCUGGCUUCCGGGACUUUCUGCUGAAGCCUGAGCUCCUGAGGGCCAUAGUGGACUGUGGCUUUGAGCAUCCAUCUGAGGUUCAGCACGAGUGUAUUCCCCAAGCCAUCCUGGGCAUGGAUGUCCUAUGCCAGGCCAAGUCUGGAAUGGGCAAGACUGCAGUCUUCGUGCUGGCCACCCUACAGCAGAUCGAGCCCGUCAAUGGACAGGUGACUGUCCUGGUCAUGUGCCACACUCGGGAGCUGGCCUUUCAGAUCAGCAAGGAGUAUGAGCGCUUCUCCAAGUACAUGCCCAGUGUCAAGGUGUCCGUGUUCUUCGGGGGUCUUUCCAUCAAGAAGGACGAAGAGGUGCUGAAGAAGAACUGUCCCCAUGUCGUGGUGGGGACUCCGGGCCGCAUCUUGGCGCUCGUGCGGAACAGGAGCCUCAACCUGAGAAACGUGAAGCACUUCGUGCUGGACGAGUGCGACAAGAUGCUGGAGCAGCUGGACAUGCGGCGGGAUGUACAGGAGAUCUUCCGCCUGACGCCACACGAGAAGCAGUGCAUGAUGUUCAGUGCCACCCUGAGCAAGGACAUCCGGCCCGUCUGCAGGAAGUUCAUGCAAGACCCCAUGGAGGUGUUUGUGGACGACGAGACCAAGCUCACACUGCAUGGACUGCAGCAGUACUAUGUCAAGCUCAAAGACAGCGAAAAGAACCGCAAACUGUUCGACCUCCUGGACGUGCUAGAGUUUAACCAGGUGGUGAUCUUCGUGAAGUCGGUGCAGCGCUGCAUGGCCCUGGCCCAGCUGCUGGUGGAGCAGAACUUCCCGGCCAUCGCCAUCCACAGGGGCAUGGCCCAGGAGGAGCGCCUGUCACGCUAUCAGCAGUUCAAGGACUUUCAGCGGCGGAUCCUGGUGGCCACCAAUCUCUUUGGCCGAGGGAUGGACAUUGAGCGAGUCAACAUCGUCUUCAAUUAUGACAUGCCUGAGGACUCGGACACCUACCUCCACCGGGUGAGUGGCUCCACAGAGGUGUCACCCUGGGGUGGGGACCUGGCCCGACUUGAGUUCCUCUCUCUCCCCCUGCAGGUGGCCCGUGCGGGUCGCUUUGGCACCAAAGGCCUGGCUAUCACUUUUGUGUCUGACGAGAAUGAUGCCAAAAUCCUCAACGACGUCCAGGACAGGUUUGAAGUGAACGUGGCGGAGCUGCCAGAAGAAAUCGACAUCUCCACAUACAUUGAGCAGAGCCGGUAACCACACACCUGCCGUCCCGGAGCCACCCGCCUCCCACGUGCUGCUUCCAGGCCUUUCCCAGGCGACAGUGGGGCUGUCUUUUUACUGUUCAAAAACUGUAGAUUUGUGUAAGAAUAAAUUUUUAUUAAGGAA